CUCAUUUCGAAAGCGCCGGGGUUGCUGAGCCAAAUCGCGAAGUAUCUAGAAGGAGUGCCCUCAAGCAAUUACGCCCAGCUAUGACGAUGAAUAUUAGUCAUUAUCAGAAACCUUCCGCAUUUACCACAUUAUCGGUCCCUCAAAACUUUGCCUCACCAACGGUGCCUUGGAUAUAUGAUGGAAAAGUCAUUCGAAUCAACCUUAAGUUUCGAAACGGAGAAGAAAUCCCCUGUUUAGCGAGGUGCUGCCUGGGUCGCCGAUACAGCCUCACCGACAUUAAGAUUGACCAGUACAUGCCAUUGAAGCGACGCCCCGUCCCCCUACUGCGGCGCAUGAACCAGACAACCGAGAAGGCUCCCAGGUCGUUCUGUUUUUUCGACAUCGCCGAAGUAGAAAACAUUGGUCGCAUUGAUUUGCGAUUAAGUAUCCAAAUGGGUCAACUCGGCGACCAGCACGUCAGCGUCGAACUAGGUUACGAAGCCCUGGCACAACUCGGCUGCGUUUCCGUGGUUGGGCUUGAACAAGAUGCUCACAUGCAACAGCUAGCAGUGCCGGGGUCCGCCCCGACAUGCCUACAAACCUCGGUCGAGGGCAGGGCGACGACAUUCUUCCAGCCCUCUCAGACAUCCAGCCAUGUUGCAUUUUAUCCUGGGCCUGCUUCUACGCCGGCUUCUGCGUUGGCGGGAAGUUCCAAUAGAGGCUCAUCCGACGACUGCAAGCUUGAGCCAAUGACGCCACGCUCUGGAGGAUCGGGUUCCGGGCUGGUGUUCGGCGGGGGCUUUGGAUCUGCGUCGUACCCUUACACACCAUCAACAGAUAGUACGGGGCCGUUCUCACAUGAUAGAUAGGUCCCGACAUGUCGAACCGCUAUCACUGUCGCAACAAUAAAGAAAGUACAGUACCUGGCGAGGAACCACAGAACUCGAGGUAAUUUCUUUUUUGGCAUUUCGGCAUUUUGAAUUUCUUUAUUCGCAUCUGAUGAUUUGCCAUGGCAAUUAUCGGUUCAAUUUCCUAGACUUUGAUGAUUGUCUUAUACGUUCACCAUGUAAGCAGA